AUGACAAAUGAGGAUGCUAUUUGUCGCCGUCGUCAUCGUACAACAAUCGACCACGGACAACCACGAACGAUCACAACACGACAACACGACCACGCAACAACCACGGCAGAACAACAGCACACGACGAGACACGACCAUUAUCAAACAAGCAAGGUCCACGUCGCCGUGAGCAACAUCACAACCUACCACGGACGAACCACGACGAGGACACUGAUGACGAGGGACGGUGAAGAUGACCUGGCAUGUCAAUGGACGUGCCAUGACGUCCAGACUGUGACGAUGCAUGUCGUCGUCACUGUCCACGUCAAUCCAGAAAAAAUGUGCAGGGAUUGA